AAAAUUGCUUCGUGACGUACUGCGUAAAGCACGCCAAAAAUUUUUACUUACAAAUUGUUUGUUCGCUGACUGACUGUUGAAUCGACUUGCAGCUCAAAAUCCACCUCGCCGCAGUCUAAUUCUCUGUGUUCUCGUCCAUGGAGAACUCAUCCGUCUCUGGGGCGCAAAAGAGUCUUCCCUCCACGAAAAGCACCAGCCUCUUCCUCCAAAUCGUCGAACACCCCGACGGCACCGUCACCCGCCCCGCGGUCCCCGUCCUCCCGCCCUCCGGCGAUCAACCCGAUGCCGACGUCCUCUCCCGAGACGUCCCCCUCAAUCCCCCGAACGGCACAUGGCUCCGCAUCUACCGCCCCAACCCCCUCCCUCCAGCCGCCAAGCUCCCCGUCAUCAUCUACUUCCACGGCGGCGGCUUCGUCGUCUUCAGCUCCGGCACCGCCUUCUACCACGCCUUCUGCGAGGCGAUGGUUCGCCAUGUCUCCGCCCUGGUCGUCUCCGUCGACUACCGCCUCGCGCCUGAGCACCGCCUCCCCGCCGCGUACGAGGACGCGGCGGAGGCCGUGCUCUGGCUCCGAUCCCAAUUAGGUCGAGGAGGGGGAGGAGAUCCGUGGCUGGCACGCCACGGCGACGCCUCCCGCUGCUUUCUCAUGGGCAGCAGCUCCGGCGCCAACAUGGCGUACCACGCCGGACUGCUCCUCACGGCCCUGGAGCUGCACCCGGUCAAGUUCACGGGGCUGAUCCUCAACCAGCCCUACUUCGGCGGAGAGGAGAUGACUCCGUCGGAGACGAGGUCGGAGGAGGACCAAAUACUCCCCCUCCGCGCUAACCAGAUGCUGUGGAGGCUGGCGCUGCCGGAAGGCGCGGAUCGGGACCAUCGAUUCUGCAACCCGGUGGCGGCGGUUCCGGCGGAGCUGAGGCAUCUGCCGAUGUGUCUGGUGACGGGCUGCGAAGGGGAUCCGUUGGUCGACCGGCAGCGGCAGUUCGUGGAAAUGAUGGAGAAGGAAGGAAGCGGCGGCGGCGCCACCGCCGUGGUGGCGAAGUUUCGCGAAGGAGGGUUUCACGCGGCGGAGCUGCUCGAUCCGGAGUGGGCGGAAACCCUAAUCGCGGAGGUUCGGGCGUUCGUUGCGAGCGCUUGUUAGUGGCUCCACUAAACUUUGAAAUAAAAUAAAAUAUAAAAAAAUUCAAUGAUUUUAAAAAGGUGAAAUAAUGGUCGUAAAUAAUGGAUAUUUGGUUAAUGCAAUUGUCGAUCGAUUACGAUGGACUUGUGCCAAAUGGGGCAGUGGAGUCUCUGUGUUGUCUUGGUCCCGAUUAAUGAAGUUGGGAGUUUUAUAA